AUGGCGAUCCGGAACUUAGAUGUAAUUCCCCGAUUUCCAAAACGACGUGAAAUUCAAAAAUUAUCAGUAAAUACCACUGUCAAUCUCAAUGCUGUACCGGCUCAAUCCCCCAUUCCACUUCCCAGCUCUCCUUCCAAAAUCAUGGCUCUAUCGGCCUAUUCAAGAGAUUUAUCACUAUGGGGAAUACCGCGUUGGCCAUUUGAACCGAAAAUGGAACGAAUACGUACGCUCGUACUAGAUCGUUUGGGACUGCGAGCUGAUAUGCCUUGCGUCGUAUCCUUUGAUUCGAGAACAGCAUUUAGGAAAAUCUACAAGAUUAUUAUUCAUCAGAAGAUAGAACUACAAGAGGGUAGAGAAGGGCAGAAAGAGAGGACAUAUAACUUGAGUGUUAGAUAUCCUUUACAAGAAAGUGACGAAACGCUGAGUGAAGUGGCCACUAUGAAAUUUGCAAGGAAAUCGGGGGUUCCAGCCCCAAGGGUAAUCGCUUGGGAUGCGGACAGAAGGAAUAGACUGGGAUUCGAGUGGAUCUUGACAAGGGGAUUGGAGGGUAAAUGUCUCAGGAAUAAAUGGGGAAAUUUAUCAUUUGGACAAAAGGAGAAAGUGGUAAAAAGCAUAGCGAAAUACCAAGCAAAACUGUUUGCGACGAAUUUUGACCACAUUGGAAAUCUUUUCGACGCGCAAGAUGCGGAUGAUUACAUCACGGACUACCGAUACGUACCCAUUUGGAAAGAGAUAUUUACGAAAUUACGGACCUCGACUAAUGAAGAAGAAAUGAUUGAAGCACAAAGCCUUCAGAAGCUUGUUGAAAAGAUUCAUGUUAAAAUCCUUCAAAUAUUUCCCGAAACAACUGUAUCCACAGUCCUAGUCCAUGACGAUUUGUCAAUGAGAAACAUUUUAAUUGAUGAAAUGGGAAAUGUAACUGGAAUCUUGGGAUGGGAAAAUGCGAUGGUAAUGCCGACCUGGAAGGCAACCCAAUUCCCGCAAAUGUUGAGUGGUGAGUAUACACCGCAAUCAGAGAGUCUAGGUCAGGAGCAUAUUACUGGAAAUAUGGAUGCAAGAAUUGAAGCAGUAAGAUUGAGACGUCUGUAUGACGAGGAUAUGGCAAAGAGGGUAGUCGCUUGGAAAGAAGAAAUCAUACGAGGGAAAACGAAGAGGGAGCUUGAAUUUGCAUGCAAAUUUUCCAGUAUUGAGAGUUGCAUAAAGGAAAUUGGGAAUUGGGUAGAUGCACUCGAAACAAAUGUACCAAUAGCUCUAGUAAAACAAUAA